AUGUUGUCCGACUACUAUCCCUGGCUUCUGGCCAGCCUCAUCGUCUAUCUGGCAGUCAAGAGCAUCUAUCGUCUCUAUUUCCAUCCUCUGAGCAAAUUCCCUGGCCCCAAACUCACGGCCAUCACCCAUCUAUACGAGUUCUACCACGAUAUCAUCCGCAAUGGAAUGUUCAUCUGGGAGAUUGAAAAGAUGCAUGAGAAAUAUGGCCCAAUUGUCCGAAUCAAUCCACGAGAAAUACACAUCAACGAUCCCUCCUACUACGAUGAGAUAUACGCCUCCAGCAGUCGCAUUCGAGAGAAAGAUCCCAAGUUCGUCUCUUCUUUCAUGGCAGACACAUCCAUGGUCUCCACCAUCAGUCAUGGUCAUCACCGCUUUCGACGGGCUCUUCUGAAUAACUUCUUUUCCAAGAAAUCCAUCCUCGACCUGGCACCGCUCGUUCAGUCCAAGGUAGACAAGCUGAUGGACCGUCUGGAGGAAGCUUACAAAGACAAAUCUAUUGUCGAGCUCGAUGCAGCCUUUGCAGGCUUAACAGCAGAUGUCAUCACGCAGUACUGCUAUGGCCGAAGCUGGGACUAUCUCUCCCACAAAGACUACAACAGCACCGUGAGAAACACAGUAAACGACAUUACUGCUUGGUUCCAUAUCAACCGCUUCUUCCCUUUCCUGCCGCGCCUUUUGGAGAUUGCUCCUCUGUGGCUGGCGUGUAAAUUCCAACCAGGAAGACCGAAUCUGGCUCAAAUGCAGACGAAUAUGCAUGCGACGCUGUCCGCGCACGAAGAAAAGAGUCAUGCUAAAUCAUCACAGCAGACCAUCUUUGACAGACUGACCGACCCAGACGUGCCUGCUGAAGAAAAGACAGCCACUCGACUCAAAGAUGAGAGUUUGAUUCUGUUAUCUGCCGGUACGGAGACGACUUCUCGGGCUUUGACUGUCAUGUCGUUCUAUCUUUCGAGAGAUCCGGCGAUGCGAAGUAGACUCCGAGAUGAGUUGAAACAGGUCAUGCCGACUCCAACUAGUCCGGUUACGUGGCCUGAAUUGGAGAGACUGCCCUACUUGACUGGCGUUGUCAAUGAAUCCCUCCGUCUUUCAUAUGGAGUCAUUAUUCGUCUCCCCCGUGUGGCUCCAACGGAAGCAUUGCAGUAUCAGAACUACACCAUUCCACCUGGAACCCCCAUGAGCACAAUCUCCUACUUCGUCCACCGAAACCCCACCGUCUUCCCCGACCCCGAAGCCUUCAACCCCGAUCGCUGGAUCGAAGCAGCAGAAAAGGGCGAGCAUCUCAGUCGGUUCAUCGUCUCGUUUACUCGUGGAAGUAGGAUGUGUCUGGGAUUGAAUCUGGCGUAUUUCGAACUCUACACGACUAUUGCUGCGUUCGUGAGACGGUUUGAUGUGGACUUGCAUAACACUGAAUUGGAAGAUAUCCGGAUUGUGAAGGACCUAGGGGUUGGAUACACGAAACACGGUCCGAUGAAUGUCUCUGGUAGAAUUGUUGGUCUUGUCGAGUAA